UAUCCAUCUCGAGAUGGAAGAACCAGUGUUUGAUAAAUUGACAUCUUUGUGCAAUACUCCAAAGGAUUCUGGGACAGCAGCUCCACAGGGGACUAGUUCAGGGAAACAGCCGCUGAGUGCAGCUCUGAGGGAGCGGUUAAGGAAAACAAGACGUUCAUUUAAUACUAAUUUUACAGUGGCAAAGCGGCUCAAAAUAGACACUGAAGAAGAUGACUGUGCUGAUGCUGACAAAGGGUGCCUGCCAAAGACAAGUACAGAUUGUUCCAGAUUACAAGAUGGUUCUGAAAACCUGGAAAGAAAUGGCACUGGACAUACAUGUUUCACAAGUUCCUUACAGGAAAAUGAUCUCUGUGGAUCAGCAGAGAAUUCUUCUGUGCUACAGGCUGAUCUUAGUCAGCAACAUUCCCUGGAAGAAAAAGUAAGGCUGGUAAAACAAGUGCAAGAGAAGGAAGAACUACUUCGAAGGCUCAAACUGGUUAAGAUGUACCGAUCUAAGAACAACCUGUCUGAACUGCAGGCUUUGAUAGUGAAAUGGAGAAGCAGUACACAGCUGAUGCUAUACGAACUACAGUCAGCCUUUUCUGCAGAUGGCAAGAAAGUGAGUCUCACUCAGCUGAUAGAUACUUUUGGAUUAGAAGACCAGUUAUUGCACUACAGCAGAACAGAAGAAGAUUUUGUAGAUGUGUAAUCAACAGGUGCAAAGCUUUCAAUUACACACAGGCAUAAGCAGAAAAGACUGAAUGAAUUCUGA